AUGCUCUCUUACUAAUUACAAUCAAAUUGUUUUCAAAACCAUCCGAUUAGAGCCCCAUAUUAAAUCAUUCUUUCAUUUAAUUUUUGGAGGUAAUACAUCCAUAAUAAUAAUAGAAUUGAUUAUUGGAAUUAUGAUGACUUUUAUGUUUACUUGGAUUAUCAUAAAAUGUAUUCAAGUUAAUUUUCUCACACAACAAGUAAUUAAAAUAUUUGUGGAAGUUCAGUCUACAAUGAAGAAAUAUUUCCAAUGUCAAUUACUAUUCCUCAUACAAUACCUGCUAUUACAGUUAUAUUUGGUGUUAAAAAGGGAAUUUGGGGAAUAUCUUAAAUGAUUCUAGAAGCUAAAUUGUGUCCAGAAGAUUGCUAAUCUUGCAGUGAAAAUUAAUGUUUUGAUUAAUACCUCUAUUUUUUUACUUUGAAUUGGGAAAAUGUUGUUAAUUCCUCUGAAGGCUGGUUGACAAAUAAUGUAAUUCAAACUUCAGUUAUCACAUACCUUUGUAAAAAUUAUUUUUAUGUUAGAGGCUCGUUAUCUUGAAACAUAUGGAAAUCAUUUAAUAAAUGAAAUAAAGUUAAACCAACAUUAAGCAAUUAGUUUAUAAGUAAAAGUAUUAGUCUAUAACUCAAACCCUACAUAAAUUAAUAUUGCAAUUGAUGAUAUCAUAGUAUCAACUAUUUAAUAUACAGGUGGUUGGAUAAAUUACCCUAAUGGUUUUGGGUACAAAUCUAUAAAAAUAUUCAAUAUCCAUUAAUAUCCACAUAUACAUUCUCAAGCUAAAAUAACUAUUUCACUUAUAUUAUCCAAAAAUAAUCCUAGUUUGCUAUUAUUUUUUGCAAUACGAGAUUUUCAACUCUUUCUAAAAUCUUCUUUAUUUGAAUUCAUCUGCAAAGAUGAUAAUUUAGUACCAUUUGAUGGAUGCUUUUCAUAAAUGUUUGAUUGCAUUGAAGGUUGUAGUAAUUGUAUUAGAGGAACAUGCUUAGAUUGUAAAACAGGUUGGGAAUAUAAUGAACUAGAAAAAAUAUGUAUUCCAAUUUGUGGAGAUUCAUUAAUUACUCAUUUUGAAGAAUGUGAUGAUGGGAAUAAUGUACCUUAUGAUGGUUGCCAUUUAUGUAAAUAUUCUUGCCCUCAUAAUUGUAAAACUUGCCAAUUUGGUAAUUGUCUGGAAUGUAAUGUAAAUUAUUCUUUAUCUUUAAAUAAAAAAUAAUGUUUACCAUUUUGUGAUGACACUAUAAAUUUCUUUUUUGAAAUUUUUGAUGAUCAAACCCAAAUAGAUAGAAAUUUAAAAUGCUAAAAAAGUUGUUAAUUAGAGUGCAAAUUAUGCAUUAAUAAUACUUGUUACUAAUGCAAUGGAUGGCAACUUUAAAAUAAUUAAUGUCAUUAAAUUUGUGGAGAUGGUUUAAUUGCUAUAAAUUCCAUAGAAUUAUGUGAUGAUGGAAAUUUUAAUGAAAUAGAUGGUUGCUAUUAAUGCUUAUUUGAAUGUAUACCAUAUUGUUUUUUUUGUUCAGACAAAAAUACAUGUUUAUAAUGCUAAGAAUUUUUUACCUUAGUAGAUAAUUCAUGUAUUCCAAUCUGUGGAGAUGGAAUUGUGAUAAAUAGUUUAGAAGACUGUGAGGAUGGUAAUAACCUACCUUGCGAUGGAUGUUAUUAAUGUAAAUUGUCAUGCAUUCAAAAUUGCGAAGUAUGUUAAUUAGGAGGAUGCGAAAAAUGCAAUUUAGGAUAUUAGAUUAAUGAUAACUUUUGUGAAAAAGUAGUUGAAGAAGAGAUUCAAAAUCAAGACUGUAAUGAUGAAUUUAAAUCUAUAGAAUUCUGUGGUGAUGGAAUUAUAUAAAAUAAUGAAUCUUGUGAUGAUUUUAAUUCAAUUAAUUUAGAUGGAUGCUCUAGUACUUGUAAAGUUGAAAAUUAAUGGAAUUGUAAAAGCAUUGAUAAUACAAGCUAUUGCUAUCCUCAAACAUCAUAUAAACUAUUUUAUUUGA